CAGUACGCACACAGUCCACUCAAGCGCCGUGCGCAAAUUCAACCCCACUCGUCAUCUCUCGUCGUCUUCAUCACCGUCUUCGUCUUCAUCUUCGUCUUCUUCGUUUGUUUCAGCGGCUGGUUGCCCGGAGAACUGGGCUGCGGCGGCGGAGGAGGAGGAGGAGGAGGAAGUAGAGGGGAGGAGCGAAGAUGACGGAGCCUGCGUUCUUGAACGACCGGCUGUCGAGGCGGACGUUCAUCUUCGGCCUCCGCCUGUGGGUGGUGGUGGGCAUCUGCGUGGGAGCGGCCAUCGUCAUCGCCCUCUUCCUCGUCUCCCUCUACUUCACCUCGAGGCGCAACAGCGCCGCUUCUUGUUCUUCCCAGAACAAGAAGAUGAAGAAGAAGAAGCAGCAGCAGCGGCAGCAGGGGCGGGAGCAGGCUUCGGGGCCGCCGCCCGUCAAGUCCGUCGUCGUCUCCUCCCACGCCAACCCCACCAUCCCGAGCGUCUCCAAGGAGAUUCUCGAGAUCCGGGUCGACCACCCCAGGGGCCCGGACUCGGACCCCGACCCCGACCCGGAUGCUCUCGCCCUGGUCCCCCAGCCGAAGGAAGAGAGCCCGACCCGGCUCCACAUGGAGAUAGGCAAGGACCAACGGAUUUCGUACCCGGAGCGGCCCGGGAGUGGCGGGUCGGGGCCCGGUGAGCAGGCGGUGGCUUUGACGGCGACGCCGGAGGUCUCGCACUUGGGUUGGGGCCACUGGUACACGUUGAGAGAGCUACAGGUUUCGACGGAGAAUUUCGCCGACGAGAAUGUGAUUGGUGAAGGUGGGUACGGGAUUGUGUACCGGGGUGUGCUCGAGGACGGCACGAGAGUCGCGGUCAAGAAUUUGCUGAACAACAGGGGACAAGCGGAAAAGGAAUUUAAGGUGGAAGUAGAAGCAAUUGGGCGAGUUCGACAUAAGAAUUUGGUGAGGUUGCUCGGUUACUGUGUUGAAGGAGCUCACAGGAUGCUUGUUUAUGAGUAUGUCGACAAUGGGAAUUUAGAGCAGUGGCUUCAUGGGGAUGUCGGGCCUUGCAGCCCGCUCACGUGGGAGAUUCGCAUGAACAUCAUCAUCUGCACUGCAAAGGGCUUAACUUACCUGCACGAGGGGCUCGAGCCCAAGGUUGUUCACCGAGAUAUCAAAUCGAGCAACAUUUUACUCGAUAAACAGUGGAAUGCGAAAGUAUCUGACUUUGGCCUAGCGAAGCUCUUGGGCUCAGAAAGGAGUUACGUGACAACUCGUGUGAUGGGAACAUUUGGAUAUGUGGCUCCGGAAUAUGCCAGUACGGGCAUGCUGAAUGAAAGAAGUGAUGUAUAUAGCUUUGGGAUUCUCAUAAUGGAGAUCAUUUCCGGGAGAAACCCAGUGGAUUACAGCCGCCCUUCUGGAGAGGUUAAUCUUGUCGAGUGGCUUAAGACAAUGGUUACAAAUAGAAACCCGGAGGGAGUUCUGGACCCGAGGUUGCCGGAGAAGCCUUCAUCGAGAGCCCUAAAGCGUACUCUUUUGGUAGCUCUGCGUUGCGUGGAUCCAAAUGCUCAGAAGCGGCCAAAGAUGGGUCAUGUAGUUCAUAUGCUCGAAGCUGAUGAGUUUCCUUUUCGAGAUGACCGUAGGGCUGGACGGGAACAUGGACGCUCACAUCGGGAUAUUUUGAGGGAUAGGCUGUUGGACAAGCGUGUAACUGAAUCGGGUGAUAGUAGUGGAUAUGAGAGCAGUGUGCAAAGCAAUAUGUCAAUGUUGAGAAAGCAAGAUCCCGAAGAGCAAUAGCCUUGACAACUCCUUAACAAGGUGAAGUGUCGGACGUAAUCUUGCCUACUUCUUUCCAUGAAGAGUUGGUUUGUCUCUCUCGACUGUGUAUCUAGUUCACAAUAUUUUUGCCUUUAACCCUGUGUAGAUUUUGCUGCAUUUUGUCCCAUUCUUAGUGUUGUGUCAGCCACUUCUGCUUUUGAAGUAUAAUCUGGGUGGGAUCUCUGGAUGUUGUAGAUGUCUUUUAUGACGUAGUCUUCUAUUCAGAAGAUUUUGCCCCUGGAUUGGAUCUCUGUAUGGUGUAGGUGUCUUUGUAUGAUAUUGGCUUCUAUUCUGAAGAUUUCAGCAAAUGAUGUGAUCCAACUCACUGGAGUUAUUGAUUGAAUGCUCUCAUUGUCAA